UCUCACUCCUCUCCCUCCCUCCCCCUCUCUCCCUCCCUCUCUUUGUUGGCUCUGAGAACAUAGCGUGGCCUCGUCUCGCCUGGGCUUCGGAUUCGAAGAAACCCUACUUUGGCGGAGUGGAGGGGAUGAGAUCUCGAUGUUCGGGAGCGAGAGCUCUCUCUUGAUCUCUUUACCGGCUUGAGGACGAAGCCUCCUUGGCAGAAUUUCUGGAUUUUUUUCGGUAAUUAGGUUUGAUUGAAGGGAGUUAUGGAUUCUGUCGAGGUUGAAGAGAAUCUGUUUGCACCUGGUGAUGCAAAGUUGCAUGGAGGCAUGUGUAAACAACUUUCUGCAAUUGUUUAUAAAGUUUUGGGGAUCUUUCCACUCUUGGAGGAUGCAAGACCGAGAAGCAAGCCUGGUUUACAGGCACUAUGUUCAUUGCAUGUAGCUCUCAACAAGGCUAAGAGCCUUCUUCUGCAUUGCUCAGACUGCAGCAAGAUUUACUUGGCUAUAACUGGGGAUUCCAUUCUUAUGAAAUUUGAGAAGACAAGAUGUGCUCUCCAAGAAAGUCUUCGGCGUGUUGAAGACAUAGUUCCGCAAACCAUUGGUUGUCAGAUCAUGGAGAUUGUUGCUCAGCUGGAGGGCACUGUUUUUACUUUGGAUCCAUCAGAGAAGCAAGUAGGUGAGGAAGUAAUUACAUUGCUUCAGAAGGAAAAACAAUUUAAUGGCGAUUCCAACGAUGGCAUUGAACUUGAAGUUUUCCACCAAGCUGCUUUAAAGCUGGGCAUUACAUCCUCUAGAGCAGCUCUUACUGAGAGAAGAGCUCUCAAGAAGCUGAUUGAAAAAGCCUGUGCUGAGGAAGACAAUAGGAAGGAAUCCAUUGUGGCUUACUUAUUGCAUCUUAUGAGAAAAUAUUCCAAGCUUUUCAGAAGUGUGACGCCAGAUGAUACCGACUCUCAACAAUCUGCUCCAUGUUCACCUACUAUCCUAGGCUCUCUUGAUGGUGUCAAUGGGAACAACCAAGCUUUUGAGAGGCAGCUAACAAAGCUCAGUUCUUUUGAUUUUAAGCAUAAUUGGGUGAAAUCAGGAAACAUGCCAAUACCGCCUGAGGAGUUCAGAUGCCCGAUCUCCUUACAGCUCAUGUAUGAUCCGGUCAUUAUUUCAUCUGGGCAGACAUAUGAGCGUAUCUGCAUCGAGAAUUGGUUUAAUGGUGGGCAUGGUACUUGCCCCAAAACCCAGCAGCAGCUCUCCCAUCUCUCUUUAACUCCAAACUAUUGUGUCAAAGGCCUGAUUGCUAGUUGGUGCGAACAGAAUGGUGUUCCAAUUCCAGAUGGUCCGCCAGAAUCUCUUGAUCUCAACUAUUGGAGGCUGGCUUUGUCAGACCAAGAUGCUAUGAAUUCCAGAUCUACAGGGACCAUUGACUCCUGCCAGACGAAGUGUGUCAAGGUUGUUCCAUUGGAGGAGAAUGCUGCAAUAGAGAAACUCAAAGUGGAUGAGAGGGGCAGUUUGGAAAAUGGCCCAUUUGAGGACCAUGAAAUGGAUGAGCUUGAAAGAUAUGAAAGUUUGCUAGCAGUGCUCAAUGAGGGUAAUGAUAUUGGAAAACAACACAAAGCUGUGGAGCAGAUAAGGUUCCUAUUGAAGGAUGAUGAGGAGGCAAGGAUCUAUAUGGGUGUGAAUGGCUUUGUCGAGGCACUUGUCCAGUUUUUGAAGUCAGCUAUCUGUGAAGGAGAUGCCAGAGCUCAGGAGGUCGGAGCAUUGGCGCUUUUCAACCUUGCUGUCAACAAUAACAGGAACAAAACAAUGUUGCUAUCUGCUGGGGCGGCACCCCUGCUUGAGGAGAUGAUUCAGAACUCUGAGACUUGGGAGGCGUCUGCUGCUCUCUACCUCAAUCUCUCCUGCCUCGAUGAGGCCAAACCUGUCAUUGGGUCAAGCCAAGCUGUCCCUUUUCUGAUCCAGCUCCUAGAGGCCAACAAUUCUCGAAGCCAUUCCUGCAAGCAUGAUGCCCUCUACACCCUAUUCAACUUGUCUGCUCACCCCCCAAACAUCCCUCACCUCCUAACCUCAGGCAUAAUCGAACAGCUCCAAUCUUUCCUUGCAGCUCCUGCAGGACCCUCAGGCUACACUUGGGUGGAGAAGGCCCUUGCCAUCUUCAUAAACCUAGCAGCAUCAAACACUGCAGCAAGGAAACAUAUCAUAUCAACCCCAGGUUUGAUCGGUUCGAUCGCUGCGGUGUUGGACAAUGGCGAGCCCGCCGAGCAGGAGCAGGCAGUGUCAUGCCUCCUAAUUCUGUGCAGCGACAGUGAGGAGUGGAGCUACCUGGUGCUGCAAGAGGGAGUGAUACCAGCUUUAGUGCUAGUGACGGCAAAUGGAACGCCGAGGGGGAAGGAGAAAGCACAGAAGCUUCUCAAGCUGUUUCGAGAGCAGCGGCAGCGCGAGGUGUCCCCUGCUCGGACUCAGCUGCAUGAGGUGGUGACUGUUGGGGUUGGCGGUUGUGCGGACGGUGGAGGUUACAAGGAUGUAUCCAAAGCGACAUCAUAUUGUAAAUCAAGAUCCAAGAGGUUUGGGAGGGCAUGGACAUCAAUGACAUCAAUGUGGAAGUACAAGAACCGGUCUCGGCAUCAAUACUAGAAUGUAUCUCAAUGCCUAUGUAAAUUGCUGAUGUAAUUUUAGUCUGUUUCUUUUUCUUUUUUUAUGAAAGUUUCCCUCCCUCCUGUGGAAUUUUUCUUGCCUUCAGGGAGGAAGGCGACCCAAAUGUACAGGCCUUCCAAAAUGAAGUUUCUUCAAAGCGUUUUCGGUUUUGUAUGGUGUUGUGGUUUU